CCAUCUCUCAUCCCCGUCGUCUCCUUCCCUGUUUCUUCUCCAGCGCUCGAUCUCCACCCUCCGCCUCUCACAAAAAUAAAGAAAAAUAAUUCCCCACCCUUUCCAACCCCCCCGCGCACGCGCCAACUGCCAAACAAAUAAAGGGUUUCGGCGGCGCCUGCAGCGAGAGGGCAGGAAGGAUGGCGGAGGCUCCACCGGCGAGCCCCGGAGGCGGAGGCGGGAGCCACGAGAGCGGCGAGCAGAGCCCUCGAGCCGGGGUUGGCGUCCGGGAGCAGGAUCGGUUCCUCCCGAUCGCCAAUAUCAUCCGGAUCAUGAAGAAGGCGCUCCCCGCCAACGCCAAGAUCGCCAAGGACGCCAAGGAGACCAUGCAGGAGUGCGUCUCCGAGUUUAUCAGCUUCGUCACCAGCGAGGCGAGUGACAGAUGCCAGAAGGAGAAGAGGAAGACGAUCAACGGGGACGAUCUGCUGUGGGCGAUGGCGACGUUGGGGUUUGAGGAGUACAUCGAGCCACUGAAACUGUACCUGCAGAAAUAUCGUGAGGUACUCUGCUCCUUUCGGGGUUACGUUGUACCUUUUAAUGUAUUUAGCGAUCAUUCUUGAUUUGGUUUUCUUUUGUGUUUGUCCUUUUUUGUUUCGAUGGGGUGGACUUCAUUGCUGCAACUAUGGUGCUAUAGUUGGAGGUAAUCGUUUCCUUUCCUUGUCUUGCGUAAUCUUACGACAUUGCACAAAGGUACAUAAUACGUGAUGUCUGACGAUAAUAAAUCGUCUGCCCAGGGUGGAGAGGGGUCCGCCAGGAGAGAAUUAGGGGGUUCGCAAUCUGGAACAGGCACGACAGGGGAGUACCAGGCUCCUCAACAAGGUCCUUUUACACAAAGCUUGGAUUAUGUAAAUCCUCAGUGUUAUAAUGGGGAUCUCUGAACCUGGAGAUUUAUAUUCUGAUAUUCCAUAGUCACUUAUUCAUUCAGGCACAACAUCAUCUGCUUAAGGAAAGUAGAAUUCUUUUUUGAGAUAUUUGAUUUGCUGAAACUAUGACAGACUAAACAUCAAAUUUCUAUCUCUCUCUCUCUCUCUCUCUCUCUCUCUCUCUCUCUCUCUCUCUCUUUUUCCGUGGACUAUUUCAUAGAAGUGGUUACCAUACUUCAUAAGAAUUAAAAUAUAUUGCAAUUGCCAUGAUGUAAAUAUUUUACCUACCCCAUUUCAUAGAAGUGGUUACCAUCUAAGUAUACUGAUAUAUUGGUGCUUUACAUGAGUUAAUAAUAUCGGUCACUUCUGGUCAA